AAGUAUGCAAACUCUCAGAGCAAAACGGUUCUCGCCUUUUAAACAAAGCACAUUUAAUUACACAAAAGUGUAUUUUAAUGUAGCAUUAAUUUUACAAUUAUAUAUAUUUAAAUUAUAUAUGUAACCAAUAAUGUUUUGCUAUUGGUGAGUGCAUGCUAUAAAUAGAACACGAUAAGGUUCGUGGAAAGCAUGAUGUGGUGCUAUUUGGUAACUGCGUAGGUUCACAGAUUCUAAACAGAAAGCUGAGUACUUUAUGGCGAAACAGAUAACGACAUCACGUGACCGUAAAUCCGGUAGAGGAGUGUACGGACGAAGGUAGCGAGGACUAAUGUAACCAUUCUGUGUAAAGUGUUGUGAAAUGUUUGCUUUUCCUCCAAUCUAACGAAGCAACUCACCGUCUAUUUGAAAGCUGUCAGGUGUGACGGUUGUCAGGUAGGGUACUACUGGCUGACACUGGAGCUUGCUGAAUUACGGAUGUCAUUGUUAUCAUCAUCGUCAAGAGUUUUAUUUUUAAUUUCUGGAGCUGAAACAAGAAAGAGCCUGGACCCCAAAACUUAACGACUUUCUACGAUGGAUCGUAGCGCAAGUUUUCCAUCUCUUCCUGAAGAGUGUGAAAAAGAUAUCGACAAGGAUAUCUUGACGACUAACCGCCUGGAUUCUAGUAUAUCGGGAUUGGGCCCCUUCCCUAACAUCAGGGAUAACAAUAUGGAAAACGUGCCUUUCACGCCGCAAAGAAGUCACGUGAUUGGAAACGGCCAGUCUGCAUCCAGCAUACUUUCUUCUGAGCCAUCACUGCCUCCCAUGUUUCCAAAAGGGCCUCAGAAUGUUUAUAUGAACCAGAUGCCUUUGACAUCUUCAGUUGUUUCAGGAGUAAGCGGCCUUAAUGAGCAAUAUAGCAGCUAUCCUCCCUUCCACGUUAACGCUGCUGGAAACUUGUUCCUCCCCCUACAAAGUAAUCAAAUGACUGGAAGCGGCUACCACAUGUCAAGUCGACCCUUUCCGGUGCCAGAAGUGCCCCCACCUGGCAUAACAGCUUCGUAUUUUCCUAAUCCUCCCUACACAUCUUUACCAGAAAUAACCAGUUUCGGGGAAUUUAACCCUGGGCAGUCACUGCAUCCAGCAUCUGAGUGUCGAACAAGUGCGAGAGACGAACACUUUCCUGCACGCUCUGGAAGAGACCAAAUUCUUCCGGCAUGCGAACAGCAGAAUCAGCAGUCUCAAUACCAUCAAACCACAUCGCUUGCAGGUGUAGAGCCUCCAAAUGCCGGUGAGACUCAGCCACCCAGCUUGAUAGGAGAGCGACAGGAAGCCAGGAUACAGGUCCCACAGCCUACGUUGACAAACCUGAAUCCAACAGUUCAAAGCAAAAUCCAAGGAAUCCGUAAUAUACCCCAAGGGUUCCUUAUACCUCCAGAAAUAGGCCAACGACCUCGCCAUCCACCAACAGAAGACUGUUUCAGGAUUGCUGGACAGCAACUUACACCCACCAUCCCAACGGGAGCUUAUUACGAUCCAGCGAUUCUACAAAGUAUACCCUCUAAUGCUUACCAAAGGUCACAGUUGCCCCCACCUCCACCACCUCAUUGGUACACAAGGCCACCAGUGCCACCGCCUUACACUUUGUAUGGACAGCAGCAGAAUAGUCUCCAUUACUUUCAAGGCCUUCCUGUCAUGUACCCCAACAUUGGAGCUCAGCCAGUGAUACACCCCACACCGUAUUCAUCGAUGUAUAUAGCUCCAGUCAAUACUGCAGUUCAACAUCAGGCAAAAGGCCUAGAACUGACCGAUGCCAGUACAGAGACCCUUCGCAAACGCAGAAACGUGGCCAAACAGCGGACUACUUACCAAGACAAAGAAAAAUAUUCUAGAUGGUUUCGAAGGUCUCCAGAAAAGGAAAAUGUGGAUGAUACAGAAGAUACCUCAGACAGUUCAACCGGAAGCGAUGAGAAGGUAGCCCCACAACCACAAACAAUAAAGAUACGAGGGGUCAUUGACUGGAAGAUGGCAGCCAUAUGUAAACAUUACUUUGAAAACCCAGAUAAGGGCGGUGGGAAAAUAGAGGAAUUUAAGUGGGACAACAUUGAGCACAUUUUCUACAUCAAAUUUGCAGAUGCGAAAGUGGCGAAGCAAGUUUCUUCAUCUGUUCACAAGAUCGGUGAUCGACAGCUCGAGAUCAGCCUUGCUCCCGGAGGUAUCCCUGAAUGUGUGGGUCUACGCACGGUUGAGAUCAGCGGAGGGGAUGUUGACUUUAUAGAGGUUUACAGACAGUACUUUGAAAACCCCGUCAAUGGUGGUGGAGCCAUCAGUAAAAUCUGGGCAGAAGAACAACAACUUUUUAUAACCUUCAAAGAUGCUGCAGUGGCAGAAACAGUGUGCUGCAAGUCUCACACAGUUGAAGAACACACUCUGGUGGCAAAGCUCGCAAACAUGACACAAGGGACUGACCCCAAACGUGACCUCGAGCACCUCAACGAAGAGUGGACAACAGUGGAAUGUAGUGUGGGACCGCACCUAAGAGAAGAAGAAAUUUAUCGACAAUACUUUGAGACUGUGGAAAGUGGUGGGCUGGUGGAAGACAUUAUUAUAAACACAGAAGACAGGAAAGUACUGGUGACAUUCCACAGUGGCAAAGUGGCUCGGCAGGUAGCCAGUGGUAGACACAGAAUCGAUGGCAAGGACGUUAAUGUCCAACUCAUGAAGACCUCACCCUUUUAUCAAAACAAAUUGCUCUUCAUGAAUGUGGCUCGAAAUGUUCAUAAAGAGCUGCUAAUGAAUUACAUGGAAAGUAUCAGUGGUCAAGAGGACAUUCAGCUUAUCUACAGUGAUGUGCCUGGGGAUGUAUUGGUCACCUUUCAAAACAAGAUAGAUUUUUCAAAGAUAAGAGAAAAAUGCCAAACUAAGCUUCUGAGUGGAGUCAAGCUGGAGGUACACAGAGUUCCUGUCUCUAAAUGUGUCAUUGUGAGUAACCUCAACCCAAAUACAUCUGAUGAUGAGGUUGCUCAUUACUUUGAAACCUUGGGAGGAGGUGGUGUGGGAGCAGUGUUAAAAGUGCUCCCUGGUAAAGAUAACACCAAAUACAUCUUCCUUAAGGAUCCUGAAGUUGCUCAAGGUGUUGCGACAAAAAGUCACCGGCUUGGGGGAAGAGAACUCGUGGUGCAGCUUUAUCUGACGUGCCUUGGACCUUCCGGAGGCAAAGAAGACCUUUAUGUCUUUAUCCUUCCCGAACCUCUAGAACUAUAUGAAAACACCGACAUUAAGGUCUGUUACCUCCGACACAACAGUAGGAUCUUGCAGACCUUCAAUGAAAGUCUGUCCACCAUGCAUGCACGUGCCAAAAUAGUAGAAAAUGUACUCAAAGUGGAGUGCACCCUGAACGAGUCUGAACCCAAUGUUCAUCUCUUAGUUGACAGUUGGAAAGAUGAAGUGCAAAAGGAGUUAGGUACAUGUUUGGAUUUCGUGAGGCUUGACCGGCAAGACGUAUUACCAGAAAUUUGGCCUGAAGUAAUGAAAGCUAUAGAAAAGUGUGAAGUCUGCGGUGAUGAUUUGCUCUUACCGAUCCCACAGGAGCAUGCCUUUCUGAUUUUGAGCAUAAGAAGCAAAGAGGGGGGCACGUUUGAGAAAAUCCAGAGCAUUGUUGAGGACGCAGAGAAGGAGCUUACCUUCAAAAAGCAGGAAGUGAGUGAGACUAAACAAUUGAAGAAACAUGAACGCGAUAUCUUGAUGCUGUCUUCAUUUCUUUCCGACGUACAAAAUCAGUAUACGAGACUAAAAGUAAACAUCCACCAACAAGAAGCGGCGAUUACUUUUUGUGGUCAGCUAGUGGACAUCAGAGAUGCGCAGAGGGUGAUGUUAGAGACAAUUCGUUCUGCUUCAUCUACAAUUAUGAAAGACAUGCCCAAAGGUAAAAUGAGUCUUCUGGCCAAUGGAAACUCUCAUGACCUCAUACAGAAAAGGAUGAUAUCAUCUGAACUCGCUGCCACUUGGGAUUGUCACAAUGAAGGCGUUGUUACAGUCUUCUGCCUGAAAGAAUCUGAUCUGCAUCGAGCUGUUGAGGUCAUUCAGACUUCAUUCGGAGAAGAAACCAUACUUUUGGACAAAAUAUCUUCCGAGGUAACGGAGUUGGCACGUUGGGGUAGGCUAAAGGAUGAUCUCAUGCAGUACCACAGGGGGAUUCUCACAAUUAGUGCAAACCCCAACACCAUAACAAUAACAGCUUUCAGUGAUAUUAUGCCUGCUGUUAAAGAAGCUGUUGAGAAUUUCAUAGCACAAAACUCUAUCUACUCCGCAGUUUUCAGUUUUUCUCCCAGUCGCCAGAAGUAUUUAUCUACUUUCUGGGAAGAGAGACUGACAGAUAUUACUGAAAAGCGGUCAGUUUACAAAGUGCAAAUCACACUGGAUGACCAGAAAAGGAACAUCAUCGUUAAAGGAACAAAGGAAGGAAUACAACUUGCUAAGAAACACUUGGAGAAACUAGAGAAAAGAAUUGUGUGCACUGAAGAGAAAAUCACAAGAAAAGAAAUUAUAGAAUGCCUAGUAGGUCUGAAGAAUAUGAAUGAACUAGAGGUCAUUGCAAAAGCACAUCAGUGUGUUCUGUCACUAAACCCAGAGGAAACUGGUAUACAGUUAGUGUCUACAAAUCAGCCUGUUAAGAUGGAAAAGCAGACAGUGGAUCGUCAUUUGGUUUCUGCAAUGGUAGCAGACAUCACUGCGUUGACAGUGGACGCCAUUGUGAAUGCUGCCAAUGACAGAAUGGCACAUGGUGGAGGAAUAGCUGGAGCUAUUGUCUUAAAAGGAGGUAAAGAGAUACAGGACGAAUGCUACCGCCUUCUGAAAACCAGAGGCAAGCUGUCAGAAGGCGAUGUGCUGGUCUCAGGACCAGGGAAACUUCCCUGCAAGCGCAUCAUCCACGCCAUUGGACCUGUGUAUAAGGGGGGCAAAUGUGGAGAAAAAGAACGGCUUCAAACGGCAGUCCAGAAUUGCCUGAAGACUGCCUCUGACUAUGGCUACACCUCCAUAGCACUUCCAGCGAUCAGCUCUGGGAUUUUUGGCUACCCUGUUGAUAAGGCCACGCGUGACAUUGUGGAGGCAAUCAGGUUUUUCUUUCUUACCAAUCCCGACAGCAGCCUUAUAGAUGUUAAUCUGUGUGAUGUUCUACAAGACACAGUCAAUCUUUUUCAAGAAGCCUUGGGGCAGAACUCUUUACAGGGAAAGUCAGCAGUCAUUGUCCAUGAUUCUCAGUUUCCUCUGCAUCUUGAGACUACAGCUUCUACAGCUGCUUUUAGAAAGCUACCAACAGUCUCCCAAGAAAUAAAAAUUUCUGUGGUCGAAGGAGAAAUUGCUAAACAAAAUGUGGAUGUAAUAGUCAACUCUACAUCACAGGAUCUUAACUUGAGUGCAGGCGCCAUAUCCUCUUCCAUUCUAAGCGCCGCAGGACCCAAUUUACAAAAAGAGUGCAGCUUGAUGUAUCCCCAGGGGAUUCCCAGUGGAGAAAUAGCAUGUACCCCGAGUUUUAACCUGGCGUGUAAAGCAGUAUUCCACAUCGCUUUGUGCAAAUGGGGAGACAAGGCCUCUGCCAAACUAGAAUCAGUUGUUGACAAAUGCUUACAAGAAGCCAGCAGGCGGCAAUUCUCGUCCAUGGCCAUCCCCGCUCUGGGAACAGGCGUCCUGGGUUUUCCCCGGGAUGUGGCAGCCAACACCAUCAUUUCCACAGUUAACCGGUUCCAGCAGACGUCACCGAAGACAUCCUUGAAGGAGGUCAAAGUUGUGGUGUUCAACGACCCUGCAACUAUUUUGGCUUUUCGGUUGGUGGAUUCUUCUGCAAUGAAGCGGCUCGAAGCAGUAAAACUAAGCGAAGCCUGUGCAGCAAACAGUGUCCAAGAUGCCACGAGUUUCAAGGCUGAAGAGGAAAUGGUAGAACUCUUAAAUUUACGCCUGGAACCAAGUAUAUCUUCACUGGUCUAUCCCGAGAGAACGAUUUCUGUUUCUGAGGCAAAGUCCAGUGAUUCAGAUGUGAGUGUCAGUCUUGGUGGGCUUCAUGUGACCAUCAAACAAGGAGACAUCACAGAGGAACACGUGGAUGCUAUUGUUAAUAGCUCCAACACAAAGCUAGACUUGACUCGAGGAGCUGUUUCUACCAUUCUGAAGGCCAAGUGUGGAGAGGCUCUUGAACUUGAAUGCAGCAGUAAACUUGCAGAUAUGGUUCAGCAUAAAACAGUUGUAACUGCAGCACACAAUCUCAAGUGCAAGCACAUUGUGCACCUGGACGCUCUGUUCUACCGUCAGCUGAGCGAUUGGGAGAAGGCGUACACAGCGGUGCUGCAAGAAGCAGACAAAAUAGGUCUGAGUUCCCUAGCAGUGCCAGCACUUGGAACAGGAACCUUAGGUCUGUCGGCAUCUGACUCAGCGCAAGCUCUGGCCAAGGCGAUAGUCACUCGUAAACAAACAUGGAUGACACUGCAGAGAGUGGCAGUCGUUCUGUAUGACAGUCCCACAGUGAGAACCUUUACUGAGGUGCUGAGACGAGAAGAAAAUCAAGAUACAGUUCAAACACUAAGCAGCAAAGACAAAGAUGUGCGCAAGAAAUCUAUAUUUCAACGGGCAAAAGAGAAGCUUGGGUGUAUUUUCAAACCCAAAAGAGACCCAGUCCCAGAUGUGCUUAAACUCUACAUUUUCGCUGCAAGUCACACAAAAACAGAGGAAUUCCGGAAGUAUCUCUACGAAUUUGUAGACGCCAAGUACGAAAACAAGGAGAUCAACGACCUUGAAAGGUUGUCCCCCGAAGAGUUUGAAGAAAUAGAGGAAAUGUGCAAGUCUUUUAAAGUGGAACUACAGAAGAAUGCAAAGGGAGCUGUUGUGCUCAAAGGCAUGAGCGAGGACGUUGAGAGGACUAGAGAGAUGAUAAGAGUUUUAGUCAAAGAACAAGAACGACAACACCAGGAAGAUGUGAUGGCAAACGUGGUUCAGUGGUGCUUCUUUCAGGAAAAAGCCACUGGAACUGAGCGUAAAGCUUUUGGAAAAAGAGAGAACCUUCUGAUAGAGGAAGCCUACCAGACGUUCCAGAAAGAUCAGAAGAAGGACUCCGUAGAAAUUUCUCUAGAAGAAGACGAUGCCUUUGUCGUCCAUUUCACAGAGAACAAGAUAUACUCUAAACUAAACCCUUCUGAUGGUCUCAAAAUAAUGAGAAGAGAAAUAAUAAAAGAUGGGGUGAGCAGCGUGAGUCUGCUACCUGAAGAAUGGGAGUUUCAUGAGGAGGAGGAGGACGCUGUUAAGCUCGUGAAUCUUGUGAAUGGAUGUGACGAGUACAAGACUGUACACGAAAAUUUCUCAAGAACGGCAGAAGGAACGUUUUCUAUUUUAUCGAUCCAACGCAUACAAAAUUCUGUGCUGUACAAGCAGUACAUGGCCAAGAAGGACCAAAUGGACAAGCAGAACAAAGGAAUGGAGUCAGAGAAGAUAUUAUGGCAUGGCACCUCGUUAAAUGCCAUUCAAUAUAUUAAUCGGUAUGGCUUCGACCGAAGCUUUUGUGGAAAAAAUGCUACUUGGUACGGCCAAGGAGUAUAUUUCGCCGUCAACUCCAGUUAUUCUAUGGACCCCACCUACUCCACCGCAGAUUCUCUCGGUCAGAAAUACAUCUACCAAUGCAAAGUCUUGGUGGGACACUCUACAAAAGGCAGCAAAGAAACGAAAACCCUGCCGAUACGACAGGGAGAGAUAAAAUACGACUCAGCCACUAAUGACGAAAAGAACCCACAAAUGUAUGUGAUCUUCCACGAUUCACAGGCGUACCCGGAGUACCUUAUUACCCUUAGGUAACGUCCUGUACCUCGGCACUGACGACGCUGUAUAGGAAAUCCACUGUUGUAGCCACCGGACCUGUUUCAUCUACAACUGGAUGAGAACAGAAACAUAAGUAACAUUUAAAUUGCUUCUUGAUUUUUGCUUGUUCUAUAGGUACUUGAAGAAUUUAUAAAAUUUACUAAAAUGGAACUAUAAACCCUUAAAAAAAUAACAAUACAUGUAGUUGUUAAACGUUUUCGCUCAAAAGCCAGUUUUGCUUAUAUUCUGUUUUCACUAUUUUUAAGGCAUACGUUUCAUAUUUGAGUUGCGAGACAUAUGUGUUUUAUUUAAACUAAAGUAUCUUUGACUUACCGUAGGUACGGUAUGUUUUCUCAAGCCUUUAUUUUUUAUACAUCAUAAUAUGAAUUUUGCUUUAUCUGUAAAAGAUCACGGUUAAAAGUAUAUGUGUACGUUAUAUGUGAAUGUAAAUAUUUUUCUAUAUUUGUGUAAUACCUACAAUAUAUUAUUCUCUCUAUCAACUGCUCUAAUGAAACAGUUUGAGGACCAUGUAAUUAAAGUAUUAUAUGUUGACACCUGGUGAUGUGAGCAUCGACUUAUUAUAUUUAACAGUGUAUUAAAACGGAAAAGCGCCGACUUCGCAUAUUUUAUGUAAACCUCCUUGAAGUAUCUGAAUGAAAAGCUAAAAUCACUCAUUAUCUUUGGAAAUUUGUUAGUAACUAUAUUUUUGAAAAUAUUUUCAAAUAAUUUGAAAAACUUAAUUUUGUGCUGUGUGCUUAAUCAUGAAUAAAUCCCACUAGUACUUCCGUCUAUUGAUUC